AAGAAAUUCACGCCAAGAAAUAUGCUCGGAGAAGUUUCCUCGGGAGACAAGCCAACAACUUAAAGUGGCGGCCUCGAUGCCCGUUUGGUGGCUCGAGCGUUCGUCAUAGUUUCCCCACUAAGGUCGCGCCUCUAAAACACGCUCGCAUUGGCAACGCGUAUCGAAAGAGCCAAGGUCCAAGCUGCAUGCCGUGACCUUUCGACCUGCCUCUCAACUUUCACCUAUUGCUCACCUGUCUUUCUGUAUUCAAAUAAAAGGCUUUAUUCUUGUUUGUCCUUAGCCUCCAAAAGCAUUGCACCGGAGUUCUUCCCUUCAGCAGCGGUCAACUUCUACCAUACCUGCAAGUUUCUCCAACUCUUGCUUCCAGAGACACCCUUCUAUCGACCACGCUUCAGAAGCUUCACGAUCGUCUUCUACCCCAGACAGUCCUCCUGCGCGAUGAGAAAGACCUUAUAGCCUCUUGAAGACUCGUGUUGCCAGACUUACAGCUGUCUGAGCGACACGCGUCUUUUCAACACCCACAAAAAUGGCGACUUCUCCCGGAGAGACCGUUUCCAUUCGAACAGUCAAACUCAAAGUGCUGUACACAUUUGACGUUGAGCAAAAAGACAAUCAUCUUGCGAGAUGGCCUCAUGCACUAAACGUGCAGGCUGCCUACAUCGACGAGACCAACCAGAUUGGUGUCAUUGACCUACGAACCUGCCUCGAAGCCGUGACAAACGCGAGCCCAGAAUUGACGGCAAACGCUGAUAAUGACUACACGGUUUACGCUUACGAUUAUUCCGAACCUGACACACCACUAGUGGGCCAAGGGAUGCUCUCAAAAACAAUUGCAGAUCAAGAUCAAGGCGCAGAUAUCGAUAAUGAGGCUAUGGUGACAGGCAGAAUUACAAAAAACGUGAUGGGGCUGUUUUCGAGGAACGCACAAGAGACGCUGGAAGUCAAAUUGAGACUCACACCGGUCAAUGCCUUCUUUCAAAGAAAUCGUUCAGGAAGUGUCAGCUCUCAAGAUGGCGGUCGUCCGUGGGGCAACGGUUCUGCAGCACCAUUUACUCGCUCGGGCUCUCCAGUCGAUACUACCGGGCUUGAAGUUAUGCAGCGUAUGCUCAGUGGCGAAAACGUGCCAGUCUCUGGACAGCCUAGCAGGCCAGGCACGCCCAAUGCCUCGCAAUCGUUCAACGCGCCAUCGCGACAAGCCGGAAACCAGUCAAGGCCAAGCUCAAGAGCAGGCAUGCGGCAGGUCUCUCACAGUAGACGUGACUCAUUCAAUUCAGGCUACUAUAGUGGGGAUGAGAAUACAGACGACGGCCCGGCAAGAAAGAGAGCGAAGACAACGAAAGUGGACUGGCCCACUAAGUCCAGUCUCAACAUUGAACGUCAGCCUGAUUCUCUACGUGUCGCGGCAAGCACUGCUUCUAGUGUUCGACUCCAUCGUCCUGUUCCAAUCAACCCAGCAAUUUGUCAGGCGGCAAUACCUACAGAAGAGCCUGUGAGACCACCAACUCCGAUUCCAGCCACGAAGUCAGGCAAGCCACGAGGUCGACCCGGACGACCACGGAAGAAUGCUUCCAGUAACCUGGCCCACGGGCCUCAAGUCCGCGGGUCUUCUCCUGCCCUUGAAUCCGUCCCACAGCCUGAAAUGCUAAACAUUCCCAUUACUUCUCCCGAGGAAACUCGAGGUCGAAGUGUCUCAAGCACUCCGGCGAACAUUCCUUCUUCACCUCCCGUCAUGCCAGAUCAAUCAGCCAUCACGAGCCCAGCUCUUCCGUCAAUGGCUGACCAUGACUCUGGUUUCAUGAGCGGCAACCUUGAUGACUUGUUCGGUGACGAUCAACUGCUGCAGUUUGACGACUUCAUUGUGGACAAACCAGACGGACCGGAUUUCAACCAAUACGCUGCGCAACAGCGACCAGCUGAUGCUUCUUUAUACCCAACAGUUUUUGAGGAUGAGUACGACGUUAGUGAAAUGCCGGCCGAAGCAACAAUGCCCGAAAUAGCCCCUCCGCCACCACCUGUGUCAUCACGGCCGUUCGCAAGAGCACAGUCUUAUACCCCUGCCCCUCGGGUCAGCAUGUCAUCUCCAAGAUUAGCACCGGCACCGAUUCCGAGGGCUCGUCAGAUCAUGGAAGAACGACGUGAACAGCAAAGAUUGAAGCCUAUCGCACCUGCCUUAGUGCCGCGAAGUGAUCCAGCUCCUAGAGUUAUUCAAAGAGCACAGACAUGGGCCCCUGAUAGUGACGCACUUAUGUCCGACGCAGCUGGUACGGAAGAGACGAGGGCGAAAGCCGCAACCAAGAAAAAGGUGGGCAUGGAACAGACAAAAGCGAGGUUGGAGAAUGCGAUUGCGAAAGGAGAAAUGCCACCCUUCUGUGACAAUUGCGGCUCUAUCGAAACCCCGGCGUGGCGUCGAGCAUAUGUCAAGGUCUUCAGUUGUGGCUGGGAUGAGGUCGAAACAUCCCUAGGAACGGGCGAAUGCUGUUACAAGGAGAUCUUGGAACGCAAUGCAGAUGGUACUAUCAAGACUUUCAGAGGAUACAAGGUCGAGAAGAGAUCGGGAGACGAAGACGAUAAAUGGAUUGCUAUUACUUUGUGCAAUCCCUGUGGGUUGUGGUUCCAUAAGCAAAGAUGUCCCCGACCACGUGAGAAAUGGCAGAAAAAGGACCCGAAGGAGAAGGGCAAGCGGAAGAGAAACAAUAAUGCCUCCAAACAAUCGAAGAAGAGUGACGGUAAUGCGAACUUCAAAAGCGAUGCUCAAACUCCUGCUAGUGACGAUUCUUCACCAGACACAGGCACUGAAGCGCCAGAUGCUGAAGAGAACGACAACGAAGUGACAAACAAUGACAUUGUUGCCGAUGACAGCGAGCCGCAGUUGCCUCCAAUGCCUCGUACGUUCAGGGCCAGUAGUGCUGGACCUGGACCUAAAGGUCUGCAAAGCCGGACACGCCAUCAAGCGACUGGACGACAAGUGCAGUCAAGUCCGGGACAAAGCAACGGCACCGAAGUUGUUGCAAUCGAGAUUGAUUUGACACCAAAGCCUGUUCGCCGACAACUCUUUCCUUCUCCGGAAAAGACGCAAGUACGAUCGGAUCCAGGCCCGACAACAGCUUUAGCGAAACCGGCAACACACCUUCCAGCGUUUGUGCGACGGAGUCCAAGACUAAACAAGACGAGAGAUUUCUUUGCAACACAACCUGGGACUGUCGCAAUUACCGUCCAUGGGAAGGAAAAUGCAGCACCUGCACCAGCUGUGGUUGUUGAUGAUCUUGCAGACUUGUUUGAAGAAGGGCCAGUGGACAUUGAGCUACCUCCCAUGACGCCUACUCCGAAAAGACGGUCCGAACGACUUCUCUUGAAAACACCCUCUAAAACCCCUCAACGACAUUUUGGUGCUGAGCUGUCCCCCAAUGCUGACCUACUACCAAGCUUUCGAACGCCGAAAAGCAAGCCAGGCCACCAUGCUGCCUUAGCGGCUUUGUUGGGUACAGCGCACAAGAAUGUCCUUGAGAUGACUCCAUUCUCUAGGUCAAUUCACGACGCUCUCCUGAGUGACGCCCCGUACGCCACGAAUGUACCAGACCAACAAAGAGCACUGGUCGACGGUGAAGCAAAGAAGACCCCACCGAAAAAGGCCAUCGCAUUCGACUUUCCUGACUUGCCAUCUCUCAAGGACUCUUCGCCAAUGUCAGCUGACCAAAUGAUCAAUUUCAGCUUCUCUGAAUUGACAACCGAUCACCUAAACAGCGACCUCGCCGAUCCUUUUGCCACAGCUGCUACGAUGCCUAGUUCGCCUCCAGCAGGCUUGUUCAACUUUCUCGAUGCUGAACGCACCGACAUGGACGAUAUGUGGGACGACAUGAUCGAUGCCAAUGGGGGACAGUCGUACCCUGAUCCAGAAGCAUCGGCAGUGACGACGUCAGUUGGAUCUAUCAGAAGAAGCCCUCGACACCAGCGAGUGAAAUGAACCAUUACCAGGAAAGGAGUGAGAUGAUGAUUAUGGUUUCAAGGCUCUGUUUUUGACUCGAUGCGGUCGCACAUUAGCGCGCUAUUCCAUUUUAUUGCAUCAAACAGAGUAUUGUGUACAGUAACAGAAGGCUUAUGACAUGGAUGACAUAGAAAGCGAAGGAUUCUGCCAGAUGUCCUUCUUUGACGCAAUGCAUUGGCGUCGCGAGCCGCCUCGAUAAUAGCUACAA